AUGCCCCGCGCGGCGUUCAAGGUCGAGGCCGCGAAGAAGUCCGUCGGCGACCUCAAGGAGGCGGACCUCAAGGGCAAGACCGUCUUCAUCCGCUGCGACCUCAACGUGCCGCUCGACGGCGCGAAGAUCACGGACGACACGCGCAUCCGCGCGGCGAUCCCGACGCUCGAGUACCUCGUCAAGAACGGCGCGAAGGUCCUCGUCACCUCCCACCUGGGCCGCCCGAAGGACGGCCCCGAGGACAAGUUCCGCCUCACCCCCGUGGGCGACCGCCUCGCCGAGCUCCUCGACUGCUCCGUCACGAAGAUCGACGACUGCGUCGGCGACGUCGUCAAGGACGCCAUCGCCGGCAUGGAGAACGGCUCCGUCUGCCUCCUCGAGAACGUCCGCUUCUACAAGGAUGAGGAGAAGAACGGCGCCGACUUUGCCAAGCAGCUCGCGGAGCACGCCGACCUCUACGUCAACGACGCGUUCGGCACGGCGCACCGCGCGCACGCCUCCACGGCGGGCGUCACCGAGUUCCUCUCGCCCUCCGUCGCCGGGUUCCUCCUCCAGAAGGAGCUCGACUACCUCGACGGCGCGGUCUCCAACCCGGAGCGCCCGUUCUGCGCCAUCGUCGGCGGCAGCAAGGUGUCCUCCAAGAUUGGCGUGAUCGAGUCCCUCCUCGAGAAGACGGACAAGAUCAUCCUCGGCGGCGGCAUGAUCUUCACCUUCUACAAGGCGCUCGGCAAGUCCGUCGGGUCCUCCCUCGUCGAGGACGACAAGAUUGACCUCGCGAAGGAGCUCAUGGCCAAGGCGGAGAAGAAGGGCGUCAAGAUCCUCCUCCCCACCGACGUCGUCGUCGCCGACGCCUUCGCCGCCGACGCCAAGACGCAGACGGUGUCCGUCGACGACAUCCCCGAGGGCUGGAUGGGCCUCGACAUCGGCCCGGAUUCCGUGAAGUCGUUCCAGGAUGAGCUCAACGAGUGCAAGUCCGUCAUCUGGAACGGCCCCAUGGGUGUCUUCGAGAUGGAUGCGUUCGCGAAGGGCACGUUUGCGAUCGCCGACACGCUCGCGAACCUCGACGGGAUCACGAUCAUCGGCGGCGGCGACUCCGUCGCCGCGGUCGAGAAGGCUGGCCUCGCGGACAAGAUGUCGCACAUCUCCACCGGCGGCGGCGCCUCCCUCGAGCUCCUCGAGGGCAAGGUGCUCCCCGGCGUCGCCGCGCUCGACGAGGCGUAA